AUGUAUGAAGAAACCAUAGCAGCCACGGGGGAUUUUGAUGCCAUGUAUUGUAUUGGGACCGGUGGAUAUGGAAGCGUCUACAAAGCACAGCUGCCGUCGGGCAGUAUCGUAGCUGUAAAGAAAUUCCACACAUUACAAGAUGGAAGUUAUGCCACAGAUCGGAAAGAGUUUUUCAAUGAGAUAGUGGCAUUAACAGAAGUCCGGCACCGAAAUGUCGUGAAACUACAUGGUUUUUGUUCAAGCGAACGUCAUUCGUUUUUGGUUUACGAGUACCUUGAGAAAGGCAGCUUGGCCGGGAUCCUAAGCGAAGACGAAGAAGCAAGAGAAUUGGAUUGGAGUAGAAGGGUGAAUGUUGUGAAAGGCUUGGUGCAUGCCUUGUCGUACAUGCAUCACGACUGCUCACCGCCGAUUGUUCAUAGAGACAUCUCAAGCAAGAAUGUUUUGCUGGAUUCUGAUUAUGAAGCUCAUCUCUCGGACUUUGGCACUGCUAAGUUUCUGAAGCUAGACUCGUCCAAUUGGACUGGCUUUGCUGGCACAUAUGGAUAUGCAGCACCAGAACUUGCUUACACAAUGAGGGUGACCGAGAAGAGUGAUGUGUAUAGCUUUGGAGUGUUAGCACUUGAAAUAAUCAAUGGAAAUCAUCCGGGUGAUUUCAUCUCCUCUGCAUUUUCUUCGCCUGCUAACAUACAGCUUAAGGACGUAUUGGACCAUCGACUUCCACCUCCGACGGUUCAAGUCGAGGACGAACUGAAAAAGAUCAUAAUUCGUAGCCCAGUUACAACGAACGAGGGUCUAAAUCUGAAGGGUACAGUGUCUUUUGCAGAGGUUUCGUGCACGGCUUGCGGUGGUCGUAGCCUAUUGGCAGAGGUGGUCGAGAACCACCUAGAGGAGGGGGUGCAGACAAUGCCAACACACUGGCAACAGAAUGCCGGCAUAGGGAAAUGGGUGGUCACCCAAUGGGAAAGUAAGGAAAAAGAGAGGAACCACCUAGGAGAGGGGGGCGCAGACAACGCCAACACACUGGCAAUAGAAUGA